AUGGCCGAUACCCAGAAAGCAAUGGACCUGAGAAUGCUGAGACUCUUGCAAAACUGUAAAACUAUGAGAGAACUGAAGCAAACCCACCUUCAGGUUCUCAUGAAUGGCCUUAGCGGUAGCGAUUUGGUACUACCUAAGCUUAUUGCUCUUGCCUCGGAGCUUGUUUCCCUUGACUACGCGGUUCGUGUAUUUCGAAAUUCUCAGCACCCAAAUGUGAUUUCCUAUAAUACUAUGAUCAAAUGCUUUAUUCGAAAGACCCAUCAAGGCGCAUUGCGUAUUUACCAUCAAAUGAAGGCGUUCACGAUUGCACCGAAUAGUUUCACCUUUACGUUUCUUUUGAGGUGUUUGGAGCCGUUUGAAGCUCUAGAAGAUGGUAGAGCGGUUCAUGGUGAUAUUGUGAAGCUAGGAUUUGGUUCAAGUGUCUUUGUUCAGAAUACCCUUUUGGAUUUCUAUGCCAAAUGUGGUCGGAAUUUGGAUUUGGCUCGUCGGGUGUUUGAGGAAAUGCAUGAGAGAGAUGUUGUUUCAUGGAAUUCAAUGAUUGGUGCGUUCUUGGCUCAUGGGGAGAUAGAAUAUGCUAUUGGAUUGUUUGAUUCGAUGCCUGAGAGGAACAUUGUGACAUGGAAUUCUGUUGUUUCUGGGCUUUCUAAGGCCAGAAGUAUGGAAUUGGCUCAUUCAGUCUUUGAUAGGAUGCCUGAAAAAAAUGAGGUUUCCUGGAAUUUGAUGAUUUCCGGCUAUGUACGGUUGGGUGAUGUCGAAUCUGCACAGUGUAUUUUUGAUCAGAUGUCAGAAAGAACUGUAGUUUCUUGGACGGCUAUGAUAUCCGGGUACACUAUGAAUGGUGAUCUAGAAUCUGCAAGAAACAUUUUUUGUCAGAUGCCAGUUAAGAAUACUGUCUCUUGGAACGCUAUGAUUGCUGGUUAUGUACAUAAUCAUGAUUUUGAUCAAGCUCUUAAUGUGUUUCAUCAGAUGUUAAUUGAUGGUAAGUGCAGGCCUGAUCAGACAACUUUGGUCAGUAUACUCUCGGCCUGUUCUCACUUGGGGUCUCUUGAACAUGGGAAAUGGAUUGAUUCUUAUAUUAAGAGAAACAAGUUUGAAUUGUCUCUUUCUUUAGGCAAUGCUCUGAUAGACGUCUUUGCAAAGUGUGGAGAUGUACAAAACGCAAAAGCAGUUUUUGAUAAGAUGGCUAAAAGAUGUGUUAUUACAUGGACAACAAUGAUUUCAGGUCUAGCUGUUAAUGGUCAGUGUAAAGAAGCACUAGCUCUCUUCGAUAGGAUGCAUGAAGAAAGAAUUAAGCCAGAUGAUGUCCUUUUCAUUGCUGUUCUGUCAGCUUGCACUCAUGGAGGGUUGGUGGAAGAAGGAAGAAGGGUAUUUGACCGGAUGGUUCAGGAGUUUGACAUGGUACCCCGAAUUGAGCAUUAUGGUUGCGUGGUUGAUCUUCUGGGCCGUGCAGGGAGGUUGGAAGAAGCAGUAAGAUUCAUUGAAGGCAUGCAUUUGGAGCCAAAUGCUGUCAUUUGGGCCACUCUACUAGGUUCGUGUAAGAUUCAUGGGAACAGGGGUAUGUUAGAGUCUGUAACCAGAAAGAUUAUGGAGCUGGAACCUUCAAAUCCUAGCUAUCUAAUGCUAAUUUCGAAUUUGAGCGCAUCAAUUGGACAGUGGAGAGAUGCUUUGAUCUCUCGGGUAGCAAUGAGACAGCAAGGCAUGGAAAAAGUUCCUGGUUGUAGCUCAAUCCAAGUAGGGGAUAAGGUCCAUGAGUUUCUAGCCAAGGAUACAAGCCAUGAGCAAAGAAAGGAAAUCUAUUGGGUUUUAAAUUGUUUAAAUGGACACUUGAAAGCAGUACUUGAUGGAUCACAGGAAAAUCUCAUGGUUCAUUGCACUAAGAACAGUCGCUUCCCUGUGGAUGGUUUGGAUAGUAUGCGCUAUGAGAAAGCUGAGAAUUAA